AUGAGUAUAAUAGUGUUGUUAACAUUAUUCGUUUUUGGUUAUUGCGAUUAAAAGGAAGCAGGAUUACAGAAAGUGAAGGUUCAAGUAGCUACCGUAUUGGAUGGAUACUAUAAAGAAUUUGACGGAAUAUUAUGUUAUUCUGAGAAAUAUAAUCAAUUUGUGAUUUAUCAUGAGAGGUCUAAGGCUAAAAGUAAGAGUGAGUUAUGAUCGAUAGAUUUGAAGGAGUUGUUUCCUGAAACAGAUUUCUUUUUGUAGUUUGGAAUGAAUGGAAAUGUAGUGGGAUUGAGUCUCUAGAAUUUUGCUCCUCAAUUGAUAAUUAACGAAGAUUAAUACAAGAGUGUGGUAUUUACUGUGAAGCCUGAAGUGAAGAAGGGUAAGAGAGUAUUUGGAUGAUUUAUUAGGAACAACGUUGAAAAUCGCUUUUGUUCAUGCUGAUUAUGAGGGCGAACAAGAGAGAUUUAUCGAUCUGAUGGAGAACGGUUUAAGUGGGUAUACGCCAAUCAGUGAGACUCAAUUGGAUUUCGCAGCAAUGUAAUUUGAACAUAAGUUUAUUUAAUAUGUAAAGAAGAUGCACGAUGAAUUGUGA